AUGAAAUCGAAUCUACUUCCUCCAAGGGCGAUAAUUCUUGUUUCCGAUAUUGGAAUAGAUAGACGCAGUCAACUGUUGACCAUUGGAUCAGGUAUGGCUGCCCAACUGUCUACUGCCAAUUUGAUCAGUGACCUCACAGAGAUUGAAGAAACAGCCGAGAAGAUACUUACUGACAAACAGCAGAUUGUUGAUUUGGACAAAAAGCGACAACAAACAAGAGAAGCAAUAAGGGUGCUGAACAAAGACAAAGUAAACAACAAAUGCUGGGUAUGUAUUGGAAACAUGUUUUUGAAAUUGCCCAAAAAGUCUACCAAGAAUCUCUUGGAAAAUGAUUUUAACCAACUUGACCGGGAAAUCAACAGUAUCCGAAAUGACCUGAAACCAAAGAUGAACAAAUUACGAGAUCUUGAAAACAAAGAUGAUUUGAAAGGGUUUAACCUGGAGCCCUUGACCAAAGAUGAAAUCCGAGCCAUUGAAAAUCUAUUGUGA